AUGCCUUGUUAUAUUGAUACAGUUGUAAAGGUUAAUCAAGUUUAUUUAUUUGAUAAGAAUGAGUCGAAAUUGACUAUUGUGUGGGCUAUUGGUGUAUAUCCUCCUGAAAGUGAAGAUCAUGAAUUGGAGAUGGUAUUGUUUGUUCCAAUAAAUAGCGAUGAAAGGGAUCCCAAUUCACAGUCAAUUUUUGUAAAGGGCGAAUAUUAUAGUGUUGAUGGAAAAGUUGUACCUAGAAAUUACAAUAGUAAUUUAAGAUUAAAAAGGGAUCCCAGUUCGAAUAGGUGUCCGUUAAGAGUUUCGUUGGUUGGUAUUACUCAAGAUGCAAUGAGGGAAGUUAAUGAAGAGAACGUGAUAGUUAGUGUCAGUUGGAGUUCUGAUAGCUUACAAAUUGUGCUAGAAGAUCCUAAAUCUGUGCGAUCUAGGCAUUUAAGUACUCAUCAAAGUGCUUGUGGAAAUUUAAGUAAAGUGCCUGUAGUUGAGAAUUUUGAUAAUAAUGUACAUAAAGCUGACUCAGCUGAUGAUGAUUGUUAUUCAUCAAAAUGUGUUAAAGUGGAAGAUGAAGAUGAUUGUUAUGAAUAUGUGGAUUCUUACAAUAGUAAACAUGACCAUAUGGUUGAGUGUAAUAGCAGAUAUUUAGAAGAAAAUCAUAAGUAUGGGAUUGAUAUUACUUUAGAAAUUACUUUUGAGCAUUUUCCAAAUCAUUCGAGUUCUUUUACAAGAUGGGAUCAAUUGGCAUAUUGA